CAGUAAGUUGGGCAGUAUUUUGGCAAUCACAAUUCCUGCAGUACUGGCCUUUGUCUUAAUUGCCAUUAUUUGCAUAUGCUGCAGGAGAAGAAUGUUAAAGACAAAGGAACUUGGUGAAGCUGGCUUUGAAGAGAUUACAAAGGCUGAAUCUUUAUUAUUUGACUUAUCUCUACUUAAAAUAGCAACUGAAAAUUUUUCGGAGGUCAAUAAGCUUGGUGCAGGUGGCUUUGGAUCAGUUUACAAGGGAAUACUACCAGAUGGUAGAGAAAUAGCUGUUAAGAGGCUCUCAACAGGAUCUGGGCAAGGCCUUGAAGAGCUAAAAAAUGAAUUGGUUCUGAUAGCUAAACUCAAGCACAAAAAUCUUAUAAGACUUCAUGGUAUUUGCCUGGAAGAACAAGAGAAGUUACUCGUAUAUGAAUACGUUCGCAACAAAAGUUUAGAUACCAUUCUAUUUGAUCCAUCUAACAGUAAGCUACUAGAUUGGGUGAAAAGAUACAAGAUAAUAAGAGGGAUUGCAAGUGGUCUACUUUACCUACAUGAAGACUCUCGAAUAAAGAUUAUUCAUAGGGAUCUUAAAGCUAGCAAUAUAUUAUUAGAUGCAAAUAUGAACCCAAAAAUUUCAGACUUCGGUAUAGCUAGACUUUUUGGAGGAGACGAGACUCAAGGGAUGACAAGUCGUGUUGUUGGAACAUAUGGAUAUAUGGCUCCAGAAUAUGGAAUGCAUGGACAUUUCUCAGUCAAGUCUGAUGCCUUUAGUUUUGGAGUACUAGUUUUAGAGAUUAUGACAGGAAAGAGUAAUAAUAGUUUCUUCAAUUAUGAUCUUUCAGAGAACCUUUUAAAUUAUGUAUGGACGAAUUGGCAAAAGGGAACGGUGUUACAAAUUGUGGACCCAGCUUUAGCAAAUCUUUUUACAAGAAAUGAAGUCAUGCGAUGCUUUCAAAUUGGACUUUUAUGUGUGCAGCAAGACCCAUCUCAAAGACCUACAAUGACAAGAGUGCUUGUCAUGCUCAACAGCUAUUCUAUGUCCAUUGAAGAUCCUUUAGCGCCAGUAUUUUGUGGGGAGACAUAGCAUCAACAAAGAUUAGUUUUUAAAGAAAAUAUAAAUAUAUGAUAAACUUUUAUAAGAAUUUUUAUAUGUUAAGUAAAUAUAUGAAUUUUUAUAACGUUACAUUAUAUAUAACGUUACAAAAAUUGUGUUUUAACAAAAAACACAAUUAAUUUCAGAUAAAACGCCAUCAUUUAGUGCGUUGUUUAUCCCUUUUAAAUUAAAUUUAUAUCAUGUUGUCAGUAUGAUCAGUACCCUAGACAUUACGCAAAUAUUAUAAAACCCAAGAAAGAUAUAUUUUUAUUUAUAUCUUGUUAUAUAUUUAUUUGAAUUAAUAUUGGAGAUCAGUGUUUAGAAGUCUACACCAUACUCAACAAAACCCUUAACUUGCCGACAAGCAAAUUCAACUCCUUCACCUUCAUGGGGAAACUAUCUUUGAUGUCUAGGGUUUUCUUCUCCGCUCCGUCUGUGCUCUGUCUUUGCUUUAGUCGGGUAAUAUUCUUCCUUCUUCUUUAAAUCCUGUGGGUUUUUUCCUGAUUUUCUUCCUUCAACCGAUUUUUUGGUUUUGAUGACUGCGAAGUGUUUGAGUGACCCCAGAUUUUUGGAUGGGAAGCCCCCAAUCGAGAUACUUUAAGCAUGUUUUGUCUGUCACUACGACUUCUCUGGAGUUUUCUCUAGUUAAAAUUUCUUCGCGUCAUGGAUUACUAGCUUUGUUAAUUUCAGAUGAAGAAAUGGUUUCUCUUCCUGUGUCUUUUGAGUUUGCACUGGUUGGAAAAUUUUUGGGGCGUUGUCCACCUCUCGAUGCAAUUCAAAAAAAAAUUUAAACCAAAAACUCUUUAGUGAUUUCUUUGUUAGUUUGUUAAAUCCAGAAAAUGUGUUGAUUAAAUUAGUGAAUGACUUAGACUACAAAAGGUUUCUCACCUCUUCAACUUUGUCAGCAAUUAUUUUAUAAAGCUUUUUAAGUGGACUCCUCAUUUUGAUGUUAAUGUGGAAUCCCCUAUAAUUUCUAUACGGGUUUCUUUUCCCAAUCUUCAUCCAUAUAUAUUCUCCCCCAUGCAUUCUGCAUGGUUUAGGGUCUGUAUUUGGCUACCCCUUAAGAUUGGAUAAUACUACCUUUAGUGGCACAAGGCCUUCGAUUGCUCAUAUAUUAGUCAAGUUAGAUGCCACUAAAUAUUAUCCUAAUCAAGUUUGGCUGGAUUCUGAAACUAUGUGUUACAUUCAAUCUAUGGAAAUGAAAGAAUUUCUCUUAUUGCUAUCACUAUAAAGCUUUGGGGCACUUAAAAGUUGAAUGCCCGGUUUUGCAUCCUUUGGCUAGUGAUCCUCAUGUUUAGUGAGCGUGAGAGAUGUGGCUGAUAUUUCUUUGCAACCUAGUUAGGGUCUCAAUGAUCCUCAUGUUAAUGUUGUGGCUGGGGUUUUGCCUCAAGAUUUGGAUUGUGCUAUUCUUGCUAAUGUUGGUGAUGUUUCUCAUUUGGCUCAUGAUGAGGGACAUGAGGAUGUGCUUGUUUCACCUCUGGAUAAUUGUGAUAAUUCUAUUCAAAUAUUUGGUGGUGUUAUUUUC